AUGGAUCAAGUUUUGGCCGAUGCUGUAGAGCAGGACAAUGUGAAAAGAGCACCUGUGAAGGAUGUUGUGAAAAAAGUGGUUAGAAAAUGGACUACCAAGGAUGGUCUUCUAGGUGACUAUGAUUACGCUUUCCUUUUCACUCCUUCGUAUCCAUUCCAAGAGUAUUUAGCAAGGAAAAGAGGUGUCGAACUUGUUCAUAGAGAUCAACCGUUUUUCUCACUUAAUGCUGACGUUCCCGUUGUACUAGGUAUGAUUCUUGGGUUGCAACACUCGUUGUCUAUGUUGGCUGGUGUCAUUUCGCCUCCAAUUUUGAUAUCAACAAUGAUAAACCUCGAUCAGAGUGUUCAAGAAUAUUUGGUUUCAGCUUCGUUGAUCGUUUCUAGUCUCAUGUCAGCCAUACAAAUUACAAGAGUCCCUAUCCCAUUUACUUCAUACUACGUGGGUUCUGGUCUUAUUUCUGUGCUAGGUACUUCAUUCGCUAGUAUUACUUUGGUCGGAAAUGUUUUCCCCAUGAUGUAUGAUACAGGAUUUUGCCCAGUGUCCGAAGAUGGCACGCAAUUAGCUUGUCCUGAUGGCUAUGGUGCUAUCUUGGGUACCGCCUGUGUUUGUGGUUUGCUCGAAGUUGCUAUGUCCUUCACUCCGGCUAAUAUUUUACAAAGCUUGUUUCCAAAGAUUGUCACAGGUCCCGUCAUUCUUUGUAUCGCUUUCAGUCUUAUCAAAUCAGGGUUCAGCGACUGGGCCGGUGGUUCAGGAUGUGUUGGUGCCAUUUGUCCCUCAGAAGGUGCUCCCAUGGCAGGUGACUGGGGGUCUGCCCGUUUCGUCGGUUUGGGUUUCUUGGUGUUUUCCACUAUUAUCAUCUUUGAGAAGUACGGUGCUCCAAUCAUGAAAUCAUGUGCUGUCAUCCUUGGUUUGUUGGUUGGUUGUAUCGUUGCUGCAGCAUGUGGCUACUUUAACAAAACCUCCAUAGAUGCUGCUCCUGGUGGAACAUUCAUCUGGGUUCACACGUUUAAGCUUUCGGUGUAUGGACCUGCUGUGUUGCCGAUGUUAGUUUUAUAUAUCGUCUUGGCAACAGAAGCUAUGGGUGAUUUGACAGCUACUUGUGACGUGUCUAGAUUGGAAACGGAAGGUGCUGAAUACGAAUCAAGAAUUCAAGGUGGUGUGCUUUGUGAUGGUCUCAGUGGUAUUCUUUCUGGUUUGUGUACCAUAACCCCAAUGUCUACCUUCGCACAGAACAAUGGUGUCAUUUCAAUUACUAAAUGUGCUAGCAGACAAGUCGGCUACUGGUGUUGUUUCUUUAUGUUCCUCAUGGGUAUUGUUGCCAAGUUUGGAGCUGCACUAGUUGCAAUUCCAAAACCUGUCUUAGGGGGGAUGACCACAUUCUUAUUCACAUCGGUUGCUGUAUCUGGUAUCAAGAUUAUCUCUACAAUACCUUUGACCAGACGUGACAGAUUUGUUUUGACUUGCUCUCUAGCACUAGGUAUCGGCGCCGUUCUCGUACCAACCUGGUUUGGUACCUUCUUCCAUUACAACGGCUCCAAUAACACUCUACAAGGGUUCUUGAAUGCUAUUGUUUUGAUCAUGGAAUCGGGUUUCGCUGUGUGUGCCAUCGUUGGUGUUAUAAUGAACCAACUACUACCACAAGAAUUGGAUGAAGAACUGAUGGACGAUAUUGAAAUUCAACAAGAAAAUCUGAGUAUGCUUGAAGGAGAAGAUGAUCAACCACUCUCGCUCCGUGUUUUGAGUCACAAAGCUAAAGAAGCGGCAUCGGAAUCCGCACAUCCAGCACAAGAUUCAAUCACUUAUCCUCAAUCAUUCGAAUUAAAGGAAGACGUAAAAGUCACUGAAGCUAGCUCUUCUGACGGUGAAAGGAAAUAA